AGGAAGCUAUCAUCACCGACGAGGCAAAGAGUUAUUCAAUGCGAUCAAUCAAUGAUCCGAGCAGUUACCAAAUCAACCAAGAAGACCGUUGGAGGGCCUAUUAAAAGUCUCAUUACUGGCCAGGUGCGUUACAAAAGAAAGCAUUAACAGCCUCAACGGCUAGCCCUGAUGGGCUCAGGUAUAAAACUCUCACACAACCAACAGAAGGGGAUAUGCAAAAAUACUCUGAAACUAUCUAUUCUUUUCUUUAUUGUGUUUAACUGUGAUCCUAACUUUGGCAUCGGAGACUUUGUGGCAGGCGCCACACCGGUGUCUCGCGACGAGCAAACCUUCACGCCUCACGGGUGAUUCCAUCUGCACAUUCACUGACGGAUUUGUGUUCCAUCAGUUUGGCGCCGUCUGUGGGGACGAGUUUUCAGAUUUAUAGUCGAAAACGUAGUUUCCAUCAAUUCACCAUAUCCAGAUGGAAUCCAACCCAGAUUCAACGGCCUUGGCCCAGCAAGUUCAAGCCCUGGCAGCCACCAUUGAGGAACUCACCAGGCAGAACCAGGAAAUGAAGCUGCGACUCCAGCAGGUUCAACAAGCUCAACAGGAAGAAAACCGGUCCAAGGGUAACACGGAGGGAGAGGGGGAUAGCCAACAGAGGGAAACCCCCCGGAGACCAACUACUCCGGACGAACAAAACUCAGAUCUUCUUCGGGAAAUGAGGAAAGAGAUGGACGAACUAAGGAGCGCCAUCAAGGAAAAGACAGACCGGAGUGUAGACAAGAUGGUAAGGGCUACAGAUUCACCCUUCACUGCAGCAGUACUUGAUUGCCCCGUGCCGUCAAAGUUUCGCCUGCCUCAGUUAGAACCAUUUGACGGACUCAAGGACCCUCAGGAUCAUCUUAAUACCUUUAAGACGACUCUGGGCCUUCAACAACCACCUGACGAGAUAUUAUGCCGUUCCUUCCCUACAACUCUCAAAGGAGCAGCAAGAGAAUGGUUUACUAAGUUGCCAAACUCGUCCAUAGACAACUUCGACCAGCUAAGCAGCGCUUUCCUGCGUCACUUCAUAGGGGGACAACGCCCAAGGAGACCAGUAGAUUACUUACUCACCAUAAGACAGGGAGAGAAGGAGACUCUGAGGUCAUAUGUCAAGCGAUUCACCCGGGAAACUCUGGAGGUGGACGAAGCUGAUGACAAGGUGCAAUUGACGACCUUCAAGGCAGGGUUGAAAUCCAGAGAUCUUGUAGCCUCUCUUGCCAAAAACCCCCCGAAGACAAUGGCUGAGAUGCUCCUGAAGGCCCAAAAAUACAUGAACGCGGAAGACGCUCUAGCUGCCAUAAAAGAUACCGAGAGGCUGGGAGACAAGCCCAAGCGGGAAGACGACCGCAGAGGGCAAAAGAGAGACAGACCAGAACGUCGGAACAAUGACGGGAAUAGAAGGAGGGAUGAAAGAAAUCCUCGUCAGGUAAAAUUUACUCCAUUGGUUAUGCCUGUUGACAAGAUUUUCACGCAGAUCAAGGACGAGCAUCAUCUCAAAUGGCCCAGGCCAUUACACUCGUCCCCCAACGUACGUGACAAGAACAAGUAUUGCCGGUUCCACAGAGACCACGGCCACAACACGGAAGAUUGCAGAGACCUGAAGGAACAAAUAGAGGAGUUAAUACGGAAAGGAAAGUUGCAGAAAUUUGUAAAGAAAGGAGAACAUAACAAGUUCAGAGACGACAACAGGACCCAAAAUGAAUCCUUCAUUCGGGAUGACGACCAUACGUCCCAACCUCCACGCAAAGUGAUCGGGGAGAUAAACACGAUCACGGGAGGACCAGUCUCAGGAGGGUCAUUCAGGUCGCUUAGAAAAGCAUACCACAGACAGGUAAACAGCGUCCACGCUGUUCCUCCGUCCAAGUACCGACGAACAUACCAAGAUAUGUCCUUUAAUGAAGGAGACGCCAGGGGAGUGAAACAGCCUCACAACGAUCCCCUGGUCAUAGUGCUGAAUAUAGAAGGGUUCAAUACCAGAAGGAUCCUUGUUGAUAACGGAAGCUCGGCGGACAUCAUCUACCUCCCAGCCUUCCAGCAGUUGAAGUUAGAUCCAAAAAGGCUCCGUCCUUUUGACUCUCCGCUUGUCAGUUUCAGUGGAGACAGGGUCUACCCCAGGGGUAUAGUGACUCUGACGGUAACAGCAGGGACCUAUCCGUUGCAGCUGACCAAACAAGUAGAUUUCCUGGUUGUAGAUUGCCCCUCGUCCUACAAUGUCAUCAUUGGGAGGCCUACCCUAAACAAAUGGAAGGCAGCAACGUCCACAUACUGUUUGAAGGUGAAAUUCCCAACAGACGAUGGUGUAGGUGAAGUAAAGGGAGAUCAGGUCCUGGCGAGGGAGUGCUACCAGGCCGUACUGGCAAGAAAGGAGAACCACACGUGGACGAUAGAAGAAAAAGAGGAAGACAGAAUGGAGAUCCUGGAAGCAGUGGAGUUGGUAGAAGGAAAUGCGGACAGGACAACCAGGAUAGGGACGACGCUAAGCCCUGAGAUGAGAGUGAAACUCAUAAAGUUCCUUAAAGGGAAUCUUGAUGUCUUCGCAUGGAGUCACGAGGACAUGCCAGGCAUAUCUCCAGGGAUCAUCCAGCAUAGACUAAAUGUGGACGCCAACAAGAAGCCCGUUCAGCAACGACGAAGAACUUUCGCUCCAGAGCGAGAUCAGGCAGUAGCAGAAGAGGUAACCAAACUAUUGACAGCAGGGUUCAUCCGAGAGGUAUACUACCCAGAAUGGCUCGCCAACAUCGUCCUGGUAAAGAAACCAAAUGGAAAGUGGAGAAUGUGUGUAGACUUCACUGAUCUGAAUAAAGCAUGCCCAAAGGACAGCUUCCCUCUACCAAGGAUAGACCAACUCGUGGAUUCUACCGCUGGACACAAGUUGUUGACGUUCAUGGAUGCCUUCUCAGGGUACAACCAGAUAAAGAUGGCUGAAGAAGACCAGGAGAAGACCGCCUUCAUCACCAGCCAGGGACUCUAUUGUUACAAGGUGAUGCCUUUUGGGUUGAAAAACGCUGGAGCUACAUACCAGAGGUUGGUAAACAAAAUGUUCAACCAACAAAUUGGCAGGAACAUGGAAGUAUACGUAGACGAUAUGCUCGUCAAGAGUAAGGAAGAGCUCGCCCAUCUGGACGACCUGGAGGAGACUUUUGCAACCCUGAGAAAACACCAGAUGAAGUUAAAUCCUAGCAAAUGUGUUUUUGGGGUAGCCUCGGGAAAAUUCCUGGGAUUCAUGGUGUCCCAGAGAGGAAUAGAAGCCAAUCCAGAGAAGGUACAAGCUAUCAUUGACAUGGCUUCACCCAAAACCGUCAAGGAUGUACAAAAACUUACGGGAAGGAUAGCAGCUCUAAACAGGUUCGUCUCCAGGGCCACAGACAAAUGCUUGCCCUUUUUCAAAACCCUCAAGCAGGCCUUUGCUUGGACUGACGAAUGCGAAGCAGCGUUCCAAGAGUUGAAACGAUAUCUGAGCAGUCCACCUCUCCUGAGCCCGUCUAAAGGAGGGGAGAACCUAUAUUUGUACCUGGCAGUAUCAGCGUCGGCAGUCAGCGCAGCCUUGAUUAGAGAAGAAGGCAAGAAGCAACUCCCGGUGUACUACGUCAGCCAGGCCUUUCAAGGAGCUGAGUUCAGGUACCCAAGAAUUGAAAAGAUUGCGUUCGCACUUAUAGUAGCUUCGCGCAAGCUCAGACCGUAUUUCCAGUCAAAUCCUAUCCUCGUAAUGACGGACCAGCCAAUCAAGAAGUCAAUGAACAAACCGGAAGCAGCAGGGAGAAUGGUCCAAUGGGCAAUCGAACUCAGUCAAUUUGACAUCGAGUACCAUCCAAGAGCAGCCAUCAAGGCACAAGCCCUGGCUGACUUCAUCGCUGAAUUCACUCUUCCAGACGAAGCAGGAACUACCGACGUAGGUGGAAAAUGGAUAAUACAGACAGAUGGUUCGUCAGCCCAAAAGAGGGGGGGAGUAGGGGUCGUCAUAACCACCCCCGACGGAGAAGUGAUGAAAUAUGGAGUUCAACUGGAGUUCCCAGCCACCAAUAACGAAGCCGAAUAUGAAGGAAUACUGACGGGCUUGAGGCUUGGAAAAGCUCUUGGUGCCAAAAACUUGCUUAUCCAGAGUGAUUCAAAGCUGGUAAUCGGACAGAUCAGUGGAGAGUACGAGGCAAAGGAGGAAAGGAUGCAGAAAUACCUUAAACUGACAAGGCAGCUAACUCAGGAGUUCGACACAGUGGAUUUCGUCCAGAUACCAAGAAACCAGAAUAUUGAAGCUGACGAAGUGUCGAAACUAGCAUCGUCAGAAGCAGGAAUGACAAGCGCAGACAUGGCAAUAGAAAUUCAGAAAUGCCCAAGUAUUGAGGAGGUGGCAACGGACACUUACCUCAGAAUACUGACGAAGCCAGAAAGGUCAGAAAGAGAGCGGCUAGGUUCACGAUCCUAA